AUGGAGAUCUAUUUGAGCUACAGCGAACCAAACCUGGAAACUGCAGUCCGUCUAAAAGAAGAUAUUGAGUCAUACACCAGCCUCAGCGUUUCACUGGAAAGUGAAGACUGGGAGGAGGUCGAGGAUUGCGAGUUCGAAGCACAAAUACACCAAGCGGAUGUCCUACUAAACCUCACAGCCGAAACUUCCAACAUUACAGCCUGGCUGAUUGACGAGGAAAAACGCCUAUAUCGAACGAAAGAGCCACCAAUGGAAGUUUCACUUCCACAAACUGUCGACAUCUCGUACUCAUCGUAUGAAGAUGGGUUCGCAGUACUACUUGGCCUCAUUUCUAGGCAUAUGGAUCGAAGAUUUGGUCCUCUACAGAUGCAGCAUGAAUCGGAAGAAGAAUACGAAAGCAGUGUCGAAUUGGAAAGCACACGAGAAAGCAUGAGGUGUCUAGCUUCAACGGCAAAGGUAGAUUCUGUUCGCCCUUUGGGAUCAGACAGUCAAAGAAAUGCGAAACACGAGAUGUGUCCGAGAGAGAUUUUUUCAAAGUCCAAAAUGGAAUCUGAACGUACCUUGGACCGCGACGAAGCAUUGAAAGCGAGGCGGAAGCAACGAUCAUCCCGUAAAAAUCGUCUCCGCGAAGCACGAUCACAUCGCACUGUGCCUGCAUAUUAG